UGUCCUGGAAUGCGUCUGUUCACUUAACACGGCCGUUUUAUUCGCUGCAUACAGCAUACCACAGUACUUACUAAAUAUACAGCUGUAUGGCAGCAGCCUAAAUUUCGGGUUUGGCGUUCAAACGUACAUUCAUAUGAAUGGUUCCCCCGCACGUUUGAAUCCUCCAACUCCAGUCGUGCUGGACCCUUCUCAGCACCACGUUCUUUGACAUCCCCCACAACUAAACAAGUUUUCAGUUCCAACAUCCAUACCAUGAAACGAGCAGCAGCUUCACUUGUACCAAGGAUCAAUAUUUUGCCAUGUAUAUCCGACCAAGUCGACAUCCAAGCGUUCCUUGGAGGAAACAAAUCAGUACAAGACCUCGAACAAAUGAUCACACGAGGACCCGCCUUUACCUUGGCGGACCUACAUGCAUAUGUUGAUGCACUGAAGAACCUCAAGUCGGGCAUCAAUGAUCGGGAGUUUUUGCUAGAAAAACUCUUGAUAUCGAUGUCGCGCCUUCCCGACGACUCAGUAUUCGCUAAAGAACUUCAGAUUUUCGUAAUUGAUAUCCUUUAUAAGGAUCUUCCUCACCCGCCUUGCAGCUUCUUGAAGACUCCUGUGACGUCGCCUCUGUCCAGCUCCAGUAGCGUGUCAUAUGUCUUUCGUAGUGCUAAUGGGUCUAAUUAUUCGAUGUCCGUGCCGAACCUUGGUCAAGCAGGCCAACCAUAUGCGCGAUCGGUGCCUUCUACGCACAUUUCGUCGCGUCAUCCAUUACCAGAUCCAGGAGAGGUGUUUGAUACCCUUCUGUGUCGCCGUCCGAAUGACUUCGUCCCGCACCCUGGGGGACUCUCCAGUUUAUUCUUCGCAUUUGCAGAUCUCAUCAUUCACAGUAUAUUUGAUACAAACUCCCACGAUUGGACGAUAAACAAUGCCAGCAGCUACCUCGACUUGAGUAUCCUCUAUGGGCACAACGAAGAGCAGGUCGAUAGCAUACGCAAGAAGGAUGGAACCGGUCACAUUUGGGCAGAUGUUUUUGCUGACAAGCGUCUCUUGUUCAUGCCCCCCUCCGUGGGUGCUCUUGCAGUCCUAUUUAGUCGUCAUCACAAUUAUAUUGCGAGCAAGAUCCUUAGCCUCAACGAGCGAGGGAUAUUUGCACGUCCAGAGGUUCUUCAAGAAGCGCAACGUACUGCACAGUGCGAUGAGAUCUUUCACCGAGCUCGAUUGGUCAAUACAGCAUUCUUCAUGCAGAUCAUCUUGGCGGACUACGUUGGAGGCAUUCUUGGUCUUGUCAGAGAUGGACUGACUUGGCGAUUGAAUCCACUUCAGGGGUUUCGCGAGCAAACGCAUGAAGUUUCCAAACGAGGAGAUGGGAACGCCGUUUCACUGGAGUUCAAUAUGCUAUAUCGUUGGCAUGCGGCGAUAUCGCGUCAAGACGAAGCAUGGAUUGAACGCACUUUCAAAGAUAAUCUUGGUAGAGACCCUUCGACUAUUACUGUCGAAGAGUUCAAGGCUGCCGUCCACAGGGAUGGUGCUCAAAUACCUGACAUUCGUAGUUGGACAUUCGGCGGUCUCACCCGUCAAGAGGAUGGUCGAUUCAGUGACGCCGAUAUCGCACGGAUUCUACAGGAUGCAACGGCCGACAGGGCUUGUGCCUUCCGUGCGAGGGGCGUUCCGGCCGCCAUGCGAAUUGUGGAGAUUUUAGGCAUGGAGCAGGCACGAGCCUGGGGCGCUUGUUCACUGAAUGAAUUUCGCUGCUUCAUUGGCUUGAAACCAUACAAGAGCUUCAGUGAAUGGAAUCCUGAUCCAAAGAUCCACAUCGCAGCUGAACGAUUGUACGGAGAUAUUGAAAACCUGGAACUACAUGUGGGUCUGCAGGCUGAGGAAACAAAACCUCCCAUUCCUGGCGCUGGCCUUUGCCCUGGAUACACUAUCUCUCGUGCCAUCCUCGCCGACGCCGUUUGCUUGACUCGUGGAGACAGGUUUCUUACAGUAGACUUCACUCCGUUCAACUUGACAACAUGGGGUUACGAGCAUUGCAUGAUCAACAAGGUGGAUGGAUCCUAUGGCGGCAUGCUCACCAAGCUUCUCUUUCGCAUGCUCCCUGAUCACUACCCUGCGGGCUCAGUCUACGCUCACUUCCCUUUCCUGACCCCAGAGUUUCUUGCUUCGAGCAUGGCCAAGACGCCCCGUAGCGCCGAAAUACGGCAUCUUUACAAUUGGGACAGGCCUUUGACUGUUCAGCAAGCUGCGUUUGCGGGUGCUGAUAUGCGCGUUGUCAAAGACUAUGAGCGUCGAAUUUCGAACUUACAAAUGCCCCCGAAAGUACGGAACGAAGCGAUCAGAAAGUCUAUAUCUGAUAAAGUUGCUGAAUACACCAUAUCUACUUCGCACUUUGCACACCUUACAAGUGAGCUGAUAAGCAAGAGACGCGAAGUUGAUAAGCACGUCGACAUGAUUGAAAUCCUGAACCUCCUUCCCGUUUAUUGGGUAGGCGAUAUCAUGGUUGGUUUACCAUUGAUGGAAUCAUCGUCGCAGGCAACCCCGGAAUUUUGGUACAAAGCCUUCUUUACCGUUGCACACUACUUGUACCUCAAUAACGAUCCUGCUUCCGACUGGACUCUUCGCGAGAAAGCCACGCGCUCUACCCAGCUAAUCAUGUUAUACCUUGAAGGUCAUUUAAAAAGACUCUCUGAUGGCAUUAUUUCUAUCAACGGUGUAUGCGAUCUUCUGUUUUCAAACCAUGUGACAUCGCAUAAAGGUGAAAUGUUCCUCUCGGACGUUCUCAAAGUCACACCGGGGGCUUCGAUAGAGGAGAUAGCAUUGUGUUUAUUCGAGGAGAUUAUCCCUUCUGCAGCCUUGUUCUCUGCAGUCAUCGCUUCGGUGGUGAAAUACUAUCUUCACGCUCAAAAUGAAGACUACUCCAAAUUUGCUUCCAGUUGUCAAGACAAAGGGUCAGAACAGAGCUCAGCCGUCCUGCGGUAUAUCUGCAAAGCACUCGAUCUGGACAUCGACAUGAUGUCGAGUGACAAAUUGUCUGUCUUGCGUAUCACUCUCGG